UUUACGUUCUUUUUUCCUCCGUGGGAAGCCAUGAUGGCAGUUUGAGAGCGGAACGCACUGAGGAGAGAUGAGUCCCGCCGAUAAACCGCAUAUCUUCACGCUUCUCCAACGGCUAUCGUCACAUAUCUAACACACAACUCAGGUGGAGACUGUCAGUUGUCAUUUUUCACGGAACCAACUUGGCCAUCCAGAGACGACGAUGAUCAUUCGUUAGGAGGGUUUUGAGGGGGGGGCGGUUUAGCAGUGGUGGCUAGCGGGCGAUGCUAGUCGGGAAAGGCUCGCCUGUGUGUUUUCUUCCUCGCGUGGAGAUGGAGAGGAUUCGCUCCUCUCUCUGGACUUGAUCACGGCGUGCGCGCCGGACACACAGACUUCUGCCUUAGUAUUGUUGUUACUGUAUCGGAUGUAUUCCGGUUUGACCGGGCCGCGGGAUCGGAGGACCUUUUCACCAGCUCGGAGAACUGAGCGAUCGGGACCGAUAGAGUCGGGCCUGCUGCGCCGGAUCGGAUAGAGGCCCGUCUGCGAAAAGCUGUAAUCCGGCCCGCUGCGCGAAACCCACCGGGCCACACACACACACACACACACACACUAUCUCUCAAGGGUGAGAGAGGCACGGAGCCAAUCCGAGCAAACAUAACGUUGACCCCCUUUCUAAGAAUAAACCGGAAUAAAACUGAAGUGUUUUGAUCUGCUGUCAUGGCAAUGGCUGCCAAAAUUAAAGAAAUAGUCAGUCGGAAUAAGAGGCGCUACCAAGAAGAUGGUUUCGAUUUGGACUUAACAUACAUCUACCCAAAUAUCAUUGCCAUGGGAUUCCCUGCAGAACGGUUGGAGGGAGUUUACAGAAACAAUAUAGAUGAUGUGGUCCGAUUCCUUGAUUCGAAGCACAAACAUCAUUAUAAAAUUUAUAAUCUAUGUGCUGAACGACACUACGAUGCAUCCAAAUUCAACUGUAGGGUGGCUCAAUAUCCCUUCGAGGACCAUAACCCCCCACAGUUGGAAUUAAUAAAGCCCUUCUGCGAGGAUCUCGACCAGUGGCUGUCUGAAGAUGAGAGCCAUGUGGCGGCCAUCCACUGCAAGGCAGGCAAAGGUCGCACGGGGGUCAUGAUAUGCGCGUACCUGUUGCAUCGUAAGAAGUUCUCAGAUGCACAAGAAGCACUGGACUUUUAUGGGGAAGUCAGGACCAGGGAUAAAAAGGGGGUCACCAUUCCCAGUCAGCGCAGGUAUGUGUAUUACUACAACUACCUGCUGAAGAACAAGCUGGACUAUAAACCAGUUGCUCUCCUCUUCCAUAAAAUGGUUUUCCAGACUCUGCCAAUGUUCAGUGGGGGCAACUGCAGGGACAGUACUGUAAAAAACAGGAGUGAGGUGAAUCCCCAGGGCUUCAAGAAAGGCAACUGGCACUGGGAUCCUCAGUUCGUCGUGUAUCAGUUGAAGGUAAAGAUCCACACGUCAAACCCAGCCCACACACGGAGGGAAGAGAAGCACAUGAUCUUUGAGUUCCCUCAGCCUCUUCCAGUUUGUGGCGACAUCAAAGUGGAAUUCUUCCACAAACAGAGCAAGAUGAUGAAGAAGGAUAAAAUGUUCCAUUUCUGGAUAAACACAUUCUUCAUCCCGGGUCCCGAGGAAGCUGGGGAGAAAGUGGAGAAUGGGUCGGUGGUCAAUGACGUGGACAGCCUCUCCUCUCAGAGCCAGAGCUCUCCGGCCGAGAGGGAGAGAGAGAAGGAGCGAGGGAUUGCAGCGGGAGGAUUUGAAAGAGAAAAGGGUGCAGAAAGGGGAGGAGAGCGAGCAGGAGUAGCGGAUGGAGAUAAAGACUACUUGAUUCUGACCUUAACGAAGAAUGACUUGGAUAAGGCCAAUAAGGACAAAGCUAACCGAUAUUUCUCACCCAACUUCAAGGUGAAGUUGUACUUCACAAAGACCGUGGAGGAGCCCUCAAACUCAGAAGCGAGCACUUCAACUUCUGUCACUCCGGAUGUGAGUGAUAAUGAACCCGAUCACUACCGCUAUUCAGACACCACUGAUUCCGACCCGGAAAAUGAACCUUUUGAUGAGGAACAACACACACAGAUUACAAAAGUCUGAACACUUUUUGGCCUCUACACACACACACACAUACAUAUACACAAACACAAACAAACACAUGCCGGACAAAAACAAGAAAAACCAACCAACACCAGUGAAAUAAAAAAGGAGAAAACUUGAAAAUAAACUGAAGAGAAAAGGACCCUUCCUCCUCUACCCCUCCAACAGCUCGAGGACAGUCAAGUCGAAUGCCAUUGAUCACAGAUGAAGAAAAAUAUCCCGACCAAUUUAUUGUUUUACUUCAUUUUGAUUAUGACGAAUUUUGUGUGUGGAUAACAACACCGUUGCCUGAGGUGGGAGGGAGGGUCCUGUAGCUAUUCUGUGUAUAUAAAAUCCCUUUUUUGUGUCAAAGAUGUUACAAAUCUAGGCAAUCAGGCGAGGCGAGGAGAAGGGAGGGGAGGAGAGGUAGAGCAGAACACACAUCUCUCCUUCUCCCUGUCUUCACCCAGGCCAGUGCUGCAAUCACCCUCUCCCCCUCUCCCUCGCUCUUCCCCUCCUUACUGUGAAUGCUUCUCGUGCUGUCUGCAGGCGCUAAGAACUUUGACCCCUUCCUGCGCCGUGUGUGCUGGUGUACGUAGUCCUUCAGGCUGUUGUACAAAGGCUACGGCAUGCCAGCGUUCCUUUUUCCUAGCCUCACAACCUUCCCCUCCCCCAUCCCACUGUGUAUAACGAUAAAUUAUGCAGGAAAACACGACAUCCGAUGUAAUUGUCUGUGUUUUUUUUUUCUUUAUUUUUUUUUCUUUUUUUAUCCUAAGAUAAUAAAAAAUAUAAUACAUGAAAGCGCAGGGAACCAGUGUUUGCAAUAAUGUUAACACUCAACAUUUAAAGGACAAAUUGGUGUGCAUGUCAUUGGAGUCAGUGUCCAUGUUUAAUAAAUGCUAUAUGAUGUGUUUUUAUUAAAACAAAAGUGUCAGAACUCUCUUAAA